GUGAAAGCUCUACAUUAACGUUUUGUCUCGGCUGGCUCGCUCUCGCAAGGUCUUUGACCCUCUGAAUCUCGUUCUAUUCAAGAUCAAAGAGCCCCUCAUCAACUUUCAAGCUCAGAGGAUCUUAAUUUGAUUCUUCAGAUUUUGAUUCUCUGAAGUUUCUGGAGCUUUUUUGUGCUCGUGAGCUACCGACGAUUAUUCUUUGCAUAUCUGCUUGCAGUUUAUGGUUUAAAAAUUGUGUUUCUGAACAACAAAUCUACACAAUUAUAAACUCAAAUACACAGUUGCCCUUUUUUUUUGGAUCCUAAUGCCCUUGUUGAUGAGAAGAGUGAAAGCAGACUUUAUAUCGGAAACCUUGACCUGAAGAUAACGGAGGCUGCUCUGAUUAAGAUGUUUUCUCCCUAUGGGAAGAUUGUAGCUGAGGAUUUUCUGUGGCAUACUCGUGGGCCGAAACGUGGAGAACCACGAGGCUUUGCAUUUAUUCAGUUUAGCACCAAAGAGGAAGCACGAUUGGCUAAGGAGAAAAUGCAUGGGAGACUGGCUUGUGGGCGCCCUUUGGUUGUUCGUCUGGCAAGUGAGAAGUACUUGGAAGAAACAACACAAAAUUCUUCCAAAGCAGUAGGUGAUGCAAACAAAAUAGGCGUUAUUGGUAGUGGUGGAGGACAGAUGAACCGGAGUGCUAAAAUAGCCGCAAUCAAGAACAAAUUGAAGGCAUUGGAGGAAGAGAGUUGCAGUGCAAAGAAACAGAAGCAAGCUGAAGGCACCUCCUGUAACAGUAGUCUUGACCAUCCACCGAGCAAAAGAUAAUAAACGACGUUGCUGAAGAGAAUAUUGUGAGUGGGAGAAGAUUUCAAUCUCCCUUCAGAUAUAGUCAUAACUACAUGCAGAACUGAUGUAGACAAAUUUGUACAACCUUGAUGUAUUACAACAUUUUGAUAAGAAGUUCUGAUGAGUUUGAUUAUUAACAUUAGUGAAUCGCAAUGCACUCAAGUAGCUUGAAAUUA